CGUCAGUUGUGCUGUCAUUUGAAAAAUUAAAUUUUGAAUUUUUGUGGAAAUGUGAUAUUACUUUUAUUCAUGGGACACUGUCUAUCAAGCCUAAAAAAUUUUCGGUGUUUUGGCGAAAAGGAAAUUAUAUCUGAUAGAAGUUUGGCGGCAGUACAAGAAGUAGUUGCAUCUUUAAGGUCAAGUGUCAACAUCAUAGGCCAUGGCUGGCUAUUCAGAGCUGAAGCCACUCUUCACCAGGGUGUAGUUCAGGAGCUUCUGGAUGCUAUUUGCAAAGGUGACGUCAGAACUAUUAGGGGUAUGUUGGAAGCUGGAUGGAGACUAGAAGCAUCUCAGGCACUUUACACUUUCCUCACCAGGCUUGGACAACCUCUGAUACCACCGUCAAUUCAGUCACUAGUUUUAGAUGACAAUGGAAAUGUUCCAAUAGAAGUUGUCGCUACAGAUGUCCUAGGUCUAAUGAAACAAGAACUAUCAGCGAAACAUCUUCAGUUGGCCUCGGUGCUUCUGCAUCUUCUGGAUACAAUUAUUAAAAUUUCACCUGCUGAUGAACUUCGAGGGAAUACUUUGCCGAUAUCAAUGCUUCCAUUAUUUUUUAAUAUACAGACUCAACAUAUCAACGAAUGGAGGAGAAUUGCAACAAUUUUCGUAGAGCUCAUCAGACAAGCUAGUCACCAUUUAGAAGUAACUGCAAUAAAUGAUAAUGUUCGACUGACCGUGACUAGUGAGAAUUCUAUCGAAGAGUUUAAUGUUUUGCAACCUCACAUAGACAUUGCAGAGGAUAUGGUGGUGAGGCGAUAUCUUUUACCAGUAGGUUUCAGGGGAGAUUGUGCAAGUUUUGAAGUAUUCAGAAGAAUAACCAAUAAUAAUUUGUAACAUUCAUAUAGUUUUGUAUUAGAAAUAAGAUGCAAAUUACCACUAUGUAAUUUCUUGUUUAUUUGUAAAAAAUAUAUGAAAAACAUAAAAAAUUGUAA